AGUACUUAGGUGGACCAUUCAGGACGAUUCCCCCAGUCUCUGCCCAGUGAAGCGUCGUCACCAGUGCCUCGCAUCCUACUACGGAUCAACCUGCAGCAGAAACACACACACACACACAUAGCGCCUAUCAAGCAUACCAAGCGUACCAAGCAAGUAUAUCAAAGCAAGCAAUCGAGCACUCACAGUACACACCGCCAAAUCAGUAAUGCAAUGAAUGACCUUGAACCACCAAUUUCUUCCGAUUGAUUCAAUGCACCUCCCAUAGCUUGUCGUAUACCUACAUUGUAAAAAGAAGAAGAAGAAGAAGCUUCAAUCGACACGGGAACUUGGUCGUGUGCAAUUUGACUCGACUCAACCCAACUCAAUACCAUCCCACUGGGCCUGUAUCAGCCCCGUCACAGAAACAAUGAACCGUCACCUCGAGAAUAGUGCUGUACCGACAGCAGCAGCGGUGGUGCACAACCUCGACUUCGCAGUGCGAGAAUAUCUCCUAUUACAGGACCAACACGAAGAACUCUGCCAACGCCUCCAUCAGCUAUCCCCGUCACUUUCCUUAUCAUCAUCCCAAUCAUCGACAACAUGCACGAAAAAGACACCUUCACUAGCUUCUUCCUCCACAGCUGUAACGUCGCCCUCGGUGUCUCCAACGCCCUCCCUCUUCGGUAGGGAUAGCCUCUCCCCAUCUCCCCCGUCAGACCAGCGAAUGACGUCACGUACCCGCAACCGUGUACAUCAUCAACAGCAACAUCAACAGCAACAUCAACAACAACGCCAAGCCCUGUGCACUGAUUUUGAUUGGGACGAGGUAGCUGCCGCCGACGCGAAGCUAUUCGACGUCAACGAGGGCAUGAAGAGGGCGCUCACGGAACUCCUGAAUUGCGAGGCUGUCCGCCGGGAUAAGGCCAUGCGCACGUGGGUGCAGACACGGCUACUCGAGACGGAAAAGGAGCUCCGACGCGGGAGGAGGAGGAGGAGCUCGGCGACUGCAGACUAACUAGGUAAACGACAUGGAAAGUUAAUUCUAU